AUGAUUGGUGAAGAAGAUUUUAAGUCACAGGUGUUUGAUAUAUACAAAUCAGGUAAUCUACAAAACAUAUCUAAUUGUAAAUGUGUGGAAUUUAUUGAUAAGGGGAAUAAGAAUAAACAUGAGGGUUUGAGUCAAGUCUUGAAAUGUCAGUUCAUCAUAUCAAAUGAAAUAGAUACAAAUUCAUCUCAUACAUUUACAACACAGAAGCAUAGUGGCAAAGAUUCAAGUGACAAGAAAAUCAUAGUUGAAAUAUUAGUUUGCUACGAAGCAAUCUUUCAAGAACCACAGUUAUGUUUUAGAUUAUGGGACCAAGUAGAAGAAAAUUUUGAUUCAGUAAGAUUAAAUUAUGAUUCAAUUGGUGGAUUAAAGAAAAAUUCUAGAUUGCCUAGUUGGUUUGUAUUGAAUAUUGAUUUAAUUGAUAAUGAACCAUGGUUCAUGGUCGGGGUCUGCGAUACAGAAAAUAUCAUUGGUAAUCAGUUGUUGUAUUAUAAAAACCGUUACAUGGAAAGAUGGAUAUCUGUAUACUUGAUAAGUUGGUUAACCUGA